UCGGUCCUCCGCUCUCGGAAUCUGCUCCGGCCACGCGACCCGUCCCCGCGGCACUUUCUGGCGCCCCGGGCAGCCGCGCGCCAGCCGGGGGAGCGAUGUCCGGCGGCCGGCGGCGAGGCGGCGCCCCUUGGCACAGCCUCUCCCGGUUCUUCGCCGCCCGGAGUCCCUCUCGGGACAAGGAAGAGGAAGAGAAGGAGGAGGAGAGGCCCGGGGCGAGUCCGGGUCGGGCCGCUGCCAGUGUUGAAAAUGAGCCUGAGAGUACAAGUCAGAAAAAGGAAAAUGUGCUUUCAUCAGAAGCAGUAAAGGUCCCCCCAAGUGAGGAUGGAAGGAACCAUGCUGAGAAGCUAAUUAUGCAGGAAGAGGCAAAAAAGCCAAAUGACCUUUCCAGUUCCACUGCAGAUACCAAAAUAGGAGAAAAUGAGCGGCAGCCCAAAGAAAGCUUUUUCCAGUUUCUUGGUAACUUAUUCAAUAUCUCAGGAAAAUCAUCUCCAGGUGAUGCCAAGCAGUCUUCUUUCAAAGAUAAUCAUGACAAGAAUGAAAAGGAUCUACGAAAUCUCACUGAUAGUUCCGAGGAAGGGACUGAAAGGAAGACAGAGAUUUUUAGUGGCUCCUUAGGAACCCGGACAGUGCCACCAGAACUGGAGUCCAGCUCAACUGAACUCUCAGAUGCCUUUUCUUUGGAUACAACUCAAGACAGUGAACAGGAAAUUAGUGAUUUGCUAGAGCAAGUGGAUGGUAAAUUAGAAAAACCUUCAGUAACAUAUGCAACAUAUCAAGGCCCCAGACAAAUUAGGAAAUAUAUGAAGCAGCAGUGUGUGUUAGAAACUGUGAACCUCUGGGAUAGAGAAGAUGAAAGUUCUGACUCUAGUACAAGUACUCAGACUGGUCCUGGACAUGAGACUGAGAAUGAAAAGAUUCUAUUGUUGUCAUCAGCUAACAAAGAUGUGUUUGUGAAAGAACAUUUGCCAGAAGGCCCAUUAGAAGAUUCUGCUUGUUGCAGAAUAAAUCACAACGCCGAAAGACAUCUGAUAGACAACGCCAAAUUGCCAAAUACUGCUGCUUCUAAAGAUAUUUUAACUAAAAAUGAUCUUGGGGCACCUGAUAGAAGCAGCCCAAAUCUUUAUUCUUUGACUCACUCUGACUCUGCUAUUGGACAAUCUGACUCAGAGUCCUAUAUAAGCUGUGUACCAGUUUCAGAGACUAAAAGCAGUCUGACAUGUUCGCCAUUGUGUCCCAGAAGUAGCAGUAGCACAGUUGCUUAUGGUUCAGACUUUCAGAAGGUAGUAACUACCACAGGAACUACAGCUAAAAAAAAUAGCUCUUUGAUGAGUGAUGAGACAUUGGUACAAAAAGAAGAGCAUACUGAGCUGGAGAACCCUGCUAUUUCUGCUUUCUCUUAUAAUAAAUCUGGUGAAAGUUACACUACCAAACAGGAAGGCACUGAUGUGCCAACUCCAAAUAAAUCAGUUAGGUGCAAAGUGUUCCAGGUGCCAGAGAGUAAGUGUUCUGACAAGCAAACAGUAGGUAACUCAUUGAAGCAGGCUUCCAGUCAAACCAGCACUAUUCCUCUUCAGAGACAUGUUAUGACAGAUACAUUGCUUGUAAAUGAAGAAAGUAGGCUGUCUGCCCAAGACUCACUAAAAACUUUGGGGAUUAGAGAAAUUGGGCAAGAAACCGAAACCACUUCAGUUGGUGAGCCCGCAACAUCUAGUCAUGUAAAGGUGCUAGAAGACAAAAUGGAAUCCUUACCAAAAAACCAAACUGAAGUCAAAAAGCUCAGUUGCAGGCCACAGAGCAAGAUGGCGACACCUCACCAUAUUAGCUUAAGCCAAAAGGACCCUGCUUCUGUAGAAAACAUUAGUGGCUCAGCAUCAAUCGAUUGUUUAGAAAAUAAAAUUGCACCUGAACUGAAUUUGGAACUUGAUAGAAAUCACAUUUCUAAACCUCUUGCUGACUCUGAGAAUCCUAAGCAAGCCAAAGUGUUAUCUGAUGCUAGAACAUUUAUUCUUGCUGGUAAAAACUCAGAUGUAAAUGCUUCAUCCCCUACCUCUGUCUCUGAAAUUGGCUUGGUGAACAACAUGGAUGAUUUCAUUUUAAAAGAGGAGGGAGGGUCUUCUGUACUCAUUGAAAGUGGCGAUGCUGACAUUGCGAUCAUUGCCAGUCAAUUUCCUAAGUGUCAAGAUGUGUCAAGAUGCCACAAAGAUGUGACAAAUCGUGUUGAGAAUGAAGAAAGAAAUAGCCUAUCUGCUUGUCUUCACCUGAAACAUUCAUCUACAAAUCUUGAAUCCAAAGAAGUCCUUCCUUGUGGGGAAAAACACCAAGUUCCACUGGAUGCCAAAGACAGUGAUCAAGAAGACUUGAGGUUCAGGUCUGAAAAUCUAUCUAAGGACUACAGUUCCAUUUCAUCUCAAGGCUCUAAUAAAGCAGAUUUAAAACUUUCAAAUAGUAAAGCAAAUAUGCAAGCUAUAGAGAACUCUGAUUCCUUUCCUUUGGAAAUAAUAAAUGAUAGCAUUGUUAAUUUUUUAUCAAAUGCUGAAGUUGAUUGUCAAAAUAGCACUUCUAUUGAAUCAGACUUCAGAGGAAGAAAAGCUAAAGCCCUCUCUGAGACCUCUGUUCCUCAAGGAGAGCUCAGAGAAAUUUUUCAAGAGAAGCUUUCUUCUACAUUAGACAUUGUAAAUAGGCAGGCACAGUCUGAUUUAUCAGAAUUAACUUCUUUAGAGGUUGAACAGGAAAAAAGUCUUCAAAGGAUGGGUUCUAGGGAAAUUAAAGCAAAAUUUUCAAAUGUUGAACUUAUACAGGAUCGCCAAUCUGAGAUUUCUCCUGCUUCCAAAUGUCAAGGUGUUCAGGAACUAGAAGUAGAAACCUUGGGUUAUGGUCCCACUUUUCUCAAAUGUGACAUAUCUGGAACUGUAUCCUCUGUUGAUGUGAGUUGUCAAUCAUCAGAUUUUUGUGGAAGAAAUAGGACUUUUAGUUUGACAGAAGUAGCAGAAAUCAGCUUCACUAAUAAUUAUCCAAAAUUUCAAGAAACUGUCAGCCCAAAAGAAAACUCAUCUUUUUUAGGUUCUGAUACCAGUUUGGAAAAAAAUGCUUCUGAAUCAGAGGAUUCAAGUUUUCUUAAUACUUCUUUGCUGGGAUUAGAAAAGGAAACCACACCUCCAAGGAAGAAAGAGAACAUUCAUUUCCUAAGUGGUGACAAUGAUAGACUCUCUUACAUAAGUAAUGCUGAAGAAAUUAAUUCACUUAAUCUUCCAAAUAAUUUUGCUUCUGUAAAACUUACUGCCAGUAUCUCACAUACAGGAACCCCCUUAACUAGUUUUCCAAAACCUAAUAAUACUCGCUUGGAAUUUGCUACGUCUCUCCCAACAGGUGCUAAAGAGACCCCAUUUCAGGAACAUUUUGGGAAUCAUCCUGAGAAUCUUUCUCCUGAUUUCCCAACUGCUGCCCAUUUUGGCAGCCACAUAGGAGCCGAGAAUGGAGCAGUUACUGAGACUCCAGUGUCAGUUAACAGCUCCAGCCAGCAGUGUUCUGAAGCAUCUACUGAGCAAUUAGAAACAAGGAAGGCAACACAUGACCAAUUUUUGGACGUCAAAAGCAACUUACAUAAGAAAGUUGAAACAUUGAUUGGUGAGAUUUUCAAUUCUGUUAAGCAAGAACUGAAAUCUAAACCAGCAGUUGGCACCUGCCAAGAGCAUAUAGCAUCAGACGGCAUAAUGAAUCCUGGUACCAUGAAAGGAGAUGUCCCUGAAAAAUUCCCAUCAGAAACACUGACAGGGAUUGAAUUGGCAGAGUGCUUGGAAGAAGAUGGGAUAGAAAACGUGCUAGAAGUCAAAGGGGAAGAAAAGGCCUGUGUUUUGUCUACAGAUGGUGAGAAGAGUCUUUUUGAUUCUGAUAGGAUGAAUGUAUCUUGUUUGUUAGAAGUUAGAGCUAGAGAAUUAGUUAAUGAUAUUAUUUCUUCUGCCCAAGAAAAAUUGACAAGUGAAGUUUUUGAAGCUCCUAAGAAAACCUGGGAUUAUGACCUUCAAGCUAGUACUUCAAAAAUUAUGAACACUGAUGGCAUUAAGCCACAUGACAUAGUAAGGGAGUUCCUGGUGUCAGAACAGGUGGUAAAUCAGAGCAAAUGUAAAAUUAGUGAAACUAAAGGAUUAGGUAAAUUGUUCCCUGUAAGUAACUUAAGUAGUGACACAGAGUUAAUUAAAGGAAGAGAAAGUGCUCUCUAUCAAAACCUCCCAUUUUCUGAAAAUGGAGCUGGACAGUCUGAUAGUAAAAAUUUGAAGGAAUCAAAUACUGUUUUACUAGCUGAGGACAUGCUACAUAAAAGCCUCACUAAUAAGGUAAAAACCCCUGUGUUUGUCAAUGAGAACUGUAAAAAUAAAAUGGAAAUUGAGUGUGAGGAAAAAACUGGAAUAGAGGAUGCAGGAACACUUGUUUUAAAUUUCCAGUGGCCUGCAUCUGUGAAUGAUGACCUUCAUGUACCUGGAACAUCCAAAGGCAGUUUUUCUGAUAGUCUUGUAUGUAUAUCUGAAAAAAGCUUGCCAGGACACAGUAGUAAAAACACACCCCUUGCAAUAUCAGAAGUAGGGAAAGUACACAAAAAGGAUACUGAUGCAAAUUUAGGAAAGAUUGGGUUUAUAUCUUCUAUGUUAGAAAUGGGAAAAGAAAACAGAAAAGAUGCUGAGUUGAAUAUUAAGAAAUAUGAGACAGCCCCUUUUAUGUCAGAAGUGGGAGAAACACAUAAAAAUGAUGCUGAAUUGAAUAUUGCCAAAAUGGAGUCAAAAAUUAAUAUUUUUAAAAUGGGAGAAUUAUCUCAAACAGAGACUGAGAAGCAUACUGAAAAGACUCAGAGGUUGCCUGUCACUUUAGGAGUGGAAAAAGCUUGUAAGAUGAGGAAUAUUGAGAGGGAUAUUGGCAAAGUGGAAGUGAUACCUGUUAUGUCAGAAGUCAAAAAUGCCUUUCAAAAAGAUGAGGAAAACACUGGAAAUAUUGAUGUGGUACCAUCAUUUUCACUAAAAAUGGGAACUAUUUACCAAGAAAAUGCUGAAGGGGAUAUUAGCAAAACUGAGGUGCCAUCAGUUGUGUCAGAAAUGGAAAGUGUCUACCAAAAAGAUACUGAGAUUAGGGAAACUGAAAAUUCUGAUGCAAUACCUAUUACAUUAGAAAUGGAAGAUAUUUACCACGUGGAUACUAAAGGGGAUGCAGAGAAAAAUGUUGUGAUUUCUGUGACAUUAGAUGAGGCAAAUACCUACCAAAACUAUGCUGAGGGAAUCACUGGACAGAUGGAAAGAUCUAUGUUGGAAAUGGAGAGCAUGUACCAAAAGGAAUUGGAAGGGAUUGUUCAGAAAACAGAAAUGAUCUCCAAUGUAUUAGAAGGUGAAAAAACACACAAUAGUGCAACAUCUGUCUCUUUAGGAGAUGAAGAAGCAUGCAAAAAGGAGGCUGAAGAGAUAAGGGGAGAAAUUGUAUAUAUGUCUUCUAUGACAGAAAAGGAAAGAACAUACCUUGAAGAUUCUGAUAGGAUUGCCAGGAAAGAGGAAUUGUACCCCAAAGUGGUUACUUUUGAUAAAGUAUGUGGGUCAGCUCUAAAAAUGCCCAUUACACAGAGGUUAGAGGACAAGCCUUCCCUAUUUGAGAAAGAAGAAACAUCUCAAGAACUUUUUGAAGAAAUUGUUGGAGAAAUGGAAAAUGAAGAGCCCACAAAAAUAAAGAAAGGCUUGAUAACACAUGACAGUAGACUUGCCUCAUAUUUUAAAGGAUGUGAAUCUCCUUCAUCAUGUAAGGAUUAUGAAGGCUACCCAGAUUUAGCAAUACCAGAUUUUCAACCAGAAAAUACCACAGAAAGGAGCUUGGAAAGAAGGUCUCCUAUCGAAGCAGAUAACAACUUAAGAUCUCUAGACUGGGUUGGUGAGCAAGAAGAAUCUAAUUUAUCCUAUAUCCCUCAGGAUGAACAAGAAAACUCUUCCUUUACUAUAUUGUAUGAAGAACCCCUUCAAGAAGAAGAGACAUAUAUUUCUGCCGAAGUCAGAAGAACACACUCCCUUAUUUUCCCUGAUACAUCCACUAGCAGCAUGCAUGUUCUUGCCUGUGAAAGGUCUGAAAGUAGAACUGAUCUUAUCCAUCAUUUUGAAAGUGAUGCUAAAUUAGGUGAGACAUUUGACAGUAAUAGUACAGAAACAUUCUUAUCAGUGGAGGCCAAAAGGUACAAAAUUUAUCCCUUAUCUUUGUCCCCCAUUUAUGAGGAUGACAGCUCUCAGGAGGAUGUUCUAUCCAAUGAGAUCUCACCUGGUCAUCAUGGCUCCACAAAAUCAAGAGAAAAUGCAACCCAACCCUCUUCUGUCUUAUCACUUCUCCAAUCAGUAUCAGAGCGUCUAAAAAUGAAUUUUGAUGAAGACGGCCAACAGGAAGUAGAGGAGGGUGAGGACUAUGAAGACGAGGAUGAAGAGCAAGAAGAAUCAACACACACAGGAAGUCUGAGAGCCAGAAGGAGGGGACUCUUUCCUUACAAGCAGUCAAAUUCUUCCAUCAUAUUUUACCCUGAGGAAGACCAGGAACGGGCUGAAAUUUCUAAGAAUUUAUAUGUAACAUCAAGCGAACCUACUACCUCCGAUCUGCAGACUGGUCUUUGGCCAGAAAAGGCCUCAUUUCUACAAAAAUCUGAUCUUACUUCUAAACUACAUUCUUCUUUAAAGAGUGUAUAUCAUCAAUAUUUGCAAGCUUCUAAAGUCCAUUCCUCUGAAAAAGGAGCCUGCUUUGGUGGGAAUUUUCAAGAACCAGUAUCAAAAUAUUUUCAUGUUCAAGACAGCUCAGACAGAUUAAGCUUGUUCACAGAGAAUGUUGAUAAACAAACUCUGAAGUGUAACCCAAGACCCGGAAAGAUAAUUAUCUAUGAUGUCCAUGGAAGUAAAGAUAAGCAAGAGAUCUACUGUAAUAUUCCUGAUGCUACAUUGUGGUCCUUUCCAAAUGGGGUGCUGAUUAAAGUUGUAAGGGGCUGUUGGAUUGUAUAUGAGAAACCAUAUUUCCAAGGUCAAAAAUGUGUAUUAGAAGAAGGCGAAAAAGUUUUAAAUCGUGAUUGGAUCCUUCAGAGCAGAAAGCAUCCACAAAAGAACUUUGUUUUGGGUUCUAUCAAACGUGUCUUAAAGGAUUGCAGCAUUCCUGAGAUAGAACUUUGCCCACAGUCUGACCCAGCAAGUUGUCCUGUCUACAUACAGCGAGCGGUUCCCAAUUUAGAAGAGCUCAAUAUCCCUAAGACAAUGUUAUUCACUGUGAAGUCGGGAGUUUGGCUUGCCUACCCAGAUAUUAAUUUUAAGGGACAAGCUACAGUUCUGGAGGAAGAUCAUGGACUCUUUGAAAUUUCUUCGGCAGAAUUUAAAUCAUUACAUCCACUUCAGGUGGGUGGACUAAAAGUGGAAAUGCCUAUGAACUUAAAGAUUAUUAUUUAUGAAAAACCUCACUUCCAUGGACAAGCCAGAGAAUUUAAUGAACACAUUGAUUCUGUCCCUAAUUUUUUUAAAAAUGAUGUGGACUUUGUUGGAAUCGGAUCAAUUCGUGUCAUCGGUGGAGUGUGGGUUGCCUAUGAAAAGGAACAUUUUAAAGGCCAGCAAUUCUUGCUUGAAGAAGGAGAUUUUGAAGACAGUACUGCUUGUCGGGCAUUAAGUGGCCCCGUCUUGUCUUUUCGGUAUUUACAAGCUAAUUUUAUAGAGUCUACUAUCACACUGUUUGAAUCUUGCCUAGAAAAUGGGAAGUUUAUAGACAUUACAAAUCAGGAAAUUCCUGACCUAGAAGAAAUUGGCUUUGGCAGUGAAACAAGAUCCAUUCAUGUUAAAAGUGGAGUAUGGGUCGCCUACCAGCAGAAGUUCUUUUGUGGAGAACAAUACAUUUUAGAGAAAGGGAAAUACAAGUGCUAUUUUGACUGGGGAGGAUCAAAUAAUAUAAUUAUGUCAAUAAGACCUAUCCAGCUGGAACCACUUGGGAUAAAUGAGCCUCCACAUUUGCUCAAAGCAUUCAGUAAACCAGGUUUCCAAGGUGAAUGCAUAGAUUUCACAAAAGAACUUGCUGAUUUGACGCCAUUCAUACCAUAUUCUUUUAAAGUUCUUCGGGGCUGCUGGCUCCUGUAUUAUCAAGAGGACAUUUCUUAUAAUCAGUGUGUAUUAGAAGAAGGCCUCUAUGCUGACCUUACUUCCUGUGGCUGCCCAACAUCUAGAAUCAGAUCCCUCAAACCCAUUGACUAUGUUUUUGAGGAGCCCUCUAUCAGUCUUUUUGCUCUGGAACAUUGUGAGGGAAGAGAAUUACAUCUAGAAGAUGCUGUAAAUUCUGUUCUGAACAAGGACCUACACUUCUACACCCAAUCUGUGUGGGUGAAAAGUGGACUAUGGAUAGUUUAUGAAGGAUCCAAUUUCUUGGGAAAACAAAUCCUACUUGAGCCUAAUGAGAUCCCAAAUUGGAAAGCAUUCAGUGGAUGGAAAACAAUUGGUUCUCUCCGUCCUGUUAAGCAGCCAGCAGUCUACAUUAGAAUAAAGAAUCGAGCCCAGGAUGGAUAUCUGACAGUCACUGGAAAUGUUGCUGACACAAAGGCAACAUCUGUAUGCAUUUCUCCUUACAAUGGGAAAAACACUCAGAUCUGGCACUAUUGCCGCGGACUCUUUAAAUCAAAGGCCAGUGACACAUGUCUAGAUGUGAUUGGUGGUCGGGACACACCUGGAGCAAAGGUGGCUCUGUGGACUGAACAUGGACAUUCCAGGCAGAAAUGGAGAGUAAACAGGAAUGGAACCAUCAGUUCCUAUCUCAGCGACCAGCUUGUCCUUGAUGUUAAAGGAGGAAAUUACUCCGACAAGACUCAUGUCAUUGUAAAUCAGCCCCUGGAAGGAGAAGACACACAGAUAUGGGACAUUGAAAUAUCUUGAGGAUCCAUGACUCCCUAGAAAGAGCAAAAGGGAAAGAACCUUGUGUCCCAUGGGAAGCAAGCUACUUGUCCUCAUACUUCUGAAUGUGAACUUGUCCUUGACCAAGACCAUUGCUUUUAACCAAGGAAAAGCUCAAAACAUUCUUGCCACUGAAGACAGAGCAUGUAUAAUUUUUGGGAAAGGUUCUAUUCCUUCUUGAUCACCUGUUUGGUGAGUUUGCCAUUUUGUUUGCUUUCCUAUUUUUGAUACAUGAGCCCUUCAUAAGCCCUUACAGACAGCAGUGAUUUGCUCUUUCCACUAACAUUCUAGGAGUUGUGUAUGAAUGAAAAACACAAAAAUUCUUCCUGUAUGUCAGCAAAAAGAUGAAUAAGUUUUUAGCAAACCAGCAAAAAUGUUUAUGGACACAUAAACAUUAAAUAAGCCUUCCUACUAAUCUCAUGUGCCGUAUAAUCCUUAAUGGUUCUCUGUCAAUGCUUUUAUUAAUGCAGCAUUGUAAGUAUUCACACUUGAGCCUUCUUCCUAAAAAAGUUUCAAAUAUGGACUCUCUUCUGCAGCUAUUCUUUGCUCAGUCCUUCAAAUGAUAAAAGCACAAGACACCUCAAAACACCAAGCCUGAGAACAGUAGCCAGAGGCUCCUCCCAGAGCCUCCCAGAUCUCAUCCUAGAAUUCGCCUUCAAGGCACCAUCUCCACUGAUGGAGGCAAGUUUUUUUCUUUGAAAUAAAGGGAAUAUUCAAAUGAAUUAAAUUCAAGUUUUUUUAGAGUCAUAACAAACCAUUUUAUUUUAUUUUAAGUAAAGAUGUAAAAGAUGGAGUCAAUUUCUUCCUGGAAUGACAGAAAAGUCAGUUUUUCAUCUCUAUUUUAAUGUCUUUUAUUUAAACUAAAUCAGGUAGGUCAUCAUCUUUUCAGGGAAUCAUUACCACCUCCGCAGCACAAAUUCACAAGUAUUUUCCUCCUGUGCUGAAAAGCGACAACUUUUCUCUUUCAACCCAACUUUUGCCCAAAAACCAGAAAAUUGUCUGCUCUAUUUUUGUAUAGAAAGAUUAAGUUCUCCGAUAAAGGGAUUACUCUGUAUGCACUUUAGAAUGUAAAGUAACAGUGAAUUGUUUAAAUUCAAAACCCCACUAUUUUGACAUUUUUUUAUAGCAAUGUGAUCUUUCCAUAGAAAUACUGGGGUUUGCCCUUCAGUCUCAGGCUCUUCUGUUACAUCAAGUAGCAUCUGUAAAACUCCUUUUGUCCACAGAUGUGAGUGCCUCUCUGUGGCAGUAUUAUUUUAUGUUACAGGGGUAACUUUAUUGGGGGGGGGAAUUGUGUGUAUACACAAAGAUAUGGACAUGUAUAUUUUCAUUGUAAAAAAAAUUAAAAUAUUUUUCUCGUUGUUUAAAGAAUUUCUAGUUUUCUCACAAAGACAGCAAACCUUACCAUUUAAAUGAUAUGUUAGUUGAAGUUGUGCCUUUUCUACCACACUGGAGUAAAUAAAUACUUCUCAAAAAUG